AUGGCAACUACUAUAGAUCCCACAGAUUACGUUGAAGCAGAAAAUGGAACUUUGACGUUUCCUAAUGAAAAACAACAAGCCAAAUUUGAAUUAGGGGUUUGCAUGGCGGUUUACAAAUGGGAAGAGUUAGCAACCGCUGUGGAAAACUCCUGGGGAGGACCCAAAUCAGCAGAAAAGAGAGAUUGGAUCAGUGGUAUAGUAAUCGAAUUGUUCAAAGAAUCUAAUGCUGUUGAUAUCCAGUUAAUUGAAGAGACUUUGUUGUAUGCGAUGGUGGAUGAAUUUGAUGUACAAGUUGAUAACGAUUCAGCUUUGGAGAUUUCCGCAUUGGUGAUGACUUUCUAUAAACAAGUUCGAGAGCAGGAAUAUGAUCAAAUUGACGCUUUAUAUGCAAGGUGGCAAGAAAAGAGAAAUUCUCAAGAAGAAAAUAGACAAGUACAUAUAGGUGGGGAUCCAAACAACCCAGACGUUUCGGAUAGUGAAGAGGAUGAAGACGAGGAUGAGGAUGAUAUGGAGAUAGAUAAAGCUAUAGUAGAACAGAAGGAUGAACCAUUAAUCGAUGAUGAUGGGUUUCAGUUGGUACAGAAGAAGGGUAAAAGGAGGUAA